CCAGGGAGAUCUAUAUUACUCUUAAGAGGAAGCAUGGCCAGCACUAUUCUCUCGUGUAACUAAUACACAUCGGUAUGAAUCAAAAUACUAGGUCAUCGUUUCACACAAGGAUAUUGACACCAGUCUGCUACAAUGGAAGUGUUGAUGCAUCACCUUUGGCAGAGAGUCUUGCCCCACCUACCCAGAGCCAUGAGCACUCCCUGUAAAAGCGAUUUGAGCUGUGCUGCUGGACAUGCCCCCACUGACUCCAUCUCCCGACCUAGCACACACCUUCCCCUAGUCUCCCAUCUCUUCCAGCCCUCCAACCUGCGUGAUGUGGGCCAGGAGAAGCGUGCUCAGGUGGAUAUGACCUGCAAGAGCCAGAGACUGAUGCAGCAGGCAGGUCUCAUUCACCCCUCCAACCCUGGCUGCUACUACUACCUCCCGGCCACUGUGCGCUCCAUGGAGAAGCUGGUGAGGCUGAUCGACCAGGAGAUGCAGGGGAUCGGUGGGCAGAAGCUGGACAUGCCCAGCCUGUGUUCGGCAGAGCUGUGGAGACUCAGUGAACGCUGGGACCUGAUGGGGAAAGAGCUGUUCCGCCUGAGGGACCGCCACGGGGCGGAAUACUGCCUGGGCCCCACCCAUGAGGAGGCUGUGACAGAACUACUGGCCUCUCAGGGAACCCUGUCCUACAGGCAGCUGCCUCUGCUACUCUACCAGAUCACCCGCAAGUUCCGUGAUGAGCCGAAGCCUCGGUUUGGGCUUCUACGCGGGCGGGAGUUCUACAUGAAGGACAUGUACACAUUUGACAUGAGCGAAGAAGCUGCAUACCACACAUAUGAAUCUGUGUGCCAGGCUUACACCCGCCUUUUCUCUCGGUUAGGCCUGUGCAUUGUCCAGGUCCACGCUGAUACAGGAAACAUUGGAGGUAAACUCUCCCAUGAGUUUCAGCUCCCCGCAGACAUCGGAGAGGACAGGCUACUGGUCUGUGGUAGCUGCUCCUUCUCUGCCAAUGUGGAGACCAUGGAACCAGGCCGGACAGACUGCCCACAGUGCCAGGAGGGAACGCUGGUGGAGUCUAAGGGCAUAGAGGUAGGCCAUACGUUCUACCUAGGCACCAAGUACUCCCACAUAUUCAACGCCACCUUCAACAACACCCAGAACAAGCCUGCUGUCACUGAGAUGGGCUGCUUCGGGCUGGGUGUGACCCGGAUCCUCGCUGCUGCCAUCGAGGUGAUGUCCACGGAGGAGGCAAUCCGCUGGCCUGGGCUGCUUGCCCCCUAUCAGGUCUGUGUUCUGCCCCCUAAAAAGGGCAGUAAGGUGGAUGAGGUGGCUGGUUUAGCUGAGGAGCUGGCCCUCAGUCUGGGGGAGGCUCUGCCUAGGCUAAGAGGUGAGGUGGUUCUGGAUGACCGGACACAGAUGACCAUUGGUAAGAGGCUGAAGGACGCCAGUCGGCUUGGAUACCCGUACGUGGUGGUAGUGGGACAGAAGGCUGCCGAGGAGACGCCCAGGUUUGAGGUGAUCUGUCAGCAGACUGGUGAGACAAUGUUCCUCAGUAGAGAUGGACUUGUAGACCUACUCAGAUGUGUGGAGACAGUCUGAGUUGCACUGAUCUUGGCAUGGAACUGGACUACUGAGUGCACGACAAAACCUUUUCCCCCUCAGGAGACUGAAAAGAUUUGGCAUGGGUCCUCAGAUCCUCAAAAGGUUCUACAGCUGCACCAUCGAGAGCAUCCUGACUGGUUGCAUCACCGCCCGGUAUGGCAACUGCUCGGCAUCUGACCGUAAGGCGCUACAGAGGGUGCGCCAAGUCUAGGACCAAUAGCUUCUACCUCCAAGCCACAAGACUGCUGAACAAUUCAUUAAAAUCUCCACCGGACAAAUUACAUUGAACCCCCCCCUCCCGCGUACAC